ACGCGGCGGGCCGGUAGAGGGCGCGGCGAGGCGGGGACCGGACCGGGCGCGGGGACCGGGCGGCGUGCACUCUCCGCAGCCGCUCAGAUGGCGGCGCCGGGCGCGGGGCCGGGGCCGGGGGCGCCCCCGGGGCUGGAGGCGGUUCUGCAGAAGCUGGCGCUGCGGCGGAAGAAGGUGCUGAGUGCCGAGGAGAUGGAGUUGUUCGAGCUGGCGCAGGCGGCGGGCGGUGCCAUGGACCCCGACGUGUUCAAGAUCCUGGUGGACCUGCUCAAGCUGAACGUGGCGCCCCUCGCCGUCUUCCAGAUGCUCAAGUCCAUGUGCGCCGGGCAGAGGCUGACGAGUGAGCCCCAGGACCCCGCGGCCGUGCCCCUGUCCGCGUCCAGCAUGCCUGAGACCCGAGAGGCCUCCUUUCUCUCUGCCAAGAACUGUACCCCCCCUGCAAGGCCCUCCUUUUCCUCGGCCCCACAGCCUGCGGCCUCUCCGGUCCUGCUCCGCGGCCCAGCUGCCACGCACUCACCUCUCUCUCCGGGGCCCCCCGGUUCCCUCCGGUUCUCUUGCUGCCUGUUCUCUCCUUUUGCAGGUUUGCUUGGAGCUUGGGCCAGGGGAUGAAGGAGCCAAGGGGCAGGUGGUCCAGGCCGCCAGCAGGAGCUGGGCCUGAGCUGCAGCCUGGGGAGAGGGAGAGAGGAGGGUGUGGGCAACACGUGUGUUGGGGUGCCAGGCUGGGAGGUGGGGAGGAAGCCCAGGCCAGGGUCAAGAGAGGUGUGGAGUGCUGGGCCCCACGGGCUCGUUCUUGAGCACUCAGGCCUUGGGUCCUGGAUGGAGAGGCCCAGUGGGGGCAGAGGACAGAUGAGGGUGCAGAGGCCGAGAGGCAGAGGCCACCAAUGAGGCCGAGAUCCCCGAGGCUGCAUGUCACAGCACCUGUCCACCCAGAGCUCUGGUCACCUGCUAAUGGCAGGACCCGGGGUGGAGAACGUAUGGAGCGCUGUCAGAGAGCAAUGGGGGAUGUUGGUGGCCUAGGAUGAUGGUGGACAUUUAGGAAUGUUGGGGCCAUUGGCCUUCAGGUCUCUACAAAAGUGGGGUAGGGUCGCUCCACACCAAGGGCCAGAGCCGCAUUCAGGGGCUUGGGUCUCUGGAUCCCUGUCCCUGGCCUCCAUGUGGCCUGUGGGGGCUGUCAAGCUCACUCAUUUCUUUUUAAUUUUUUUUUAUCAAGUUCACUCAUUUCUGCCCUUUCCUGGCAGAGAAGGGGGGCACAGAGGACCCCUAGAGCACAGAGGAGUAAUGCUUGUCUUGGGGUGGGUAUAGAGUCACUAAGGAAAGAUAGGUUCAACUGAGUGUUCUCUCUUAACAUUUAGGGAAACCAUGUGUUUUAAAAAGAGGUGCCCCAGAAAGUGGAAGGUGGAGUUUGGUGGGCGGAGCCCGAGGACAGUUGCACCAGAAGGAACUGGAACACCUCUUGAAUGAUUUUUAUUCUGAUUACGUGCUAAAGUGAUAUAUUGGGUGUUUGAGGUUAAUUAAAAUAUUUAAGUUAGU